UUAUACUUUGGUGUGCCCUGGCGGUGAAAGCCUGACCAGUUAAUGCAGAUAACAGGCAAGAAUCAUCGUCUCACCACUCGCCUACUCACAUUUGCGAAGGCAUCCCAACAUGCUUGAGGCCCUUUCUAAGGGACUCAAUGAUUCUUACCUUCCUCGCUUAGUUCAACAACGCAGUCCUUCCUCAACAACUCACCUUUGUGGUAGCGGCAGUCGCGCGACAAGUUUUGACUGAACUGGAGAUUGUCAAGGACACCAUACUAUCAAACCCUAUCGCUAACAAUGGCAGACGGUCCCAAACUCCCUGCCGGCGCCGCAGGAGGCGGUCAACCGUCCGAAGCGGUCCAAGAAUUCGGGCUCCAACCAUUCUCCAAACCAGUGCUCUCUCGCCUUAUUGAAGCCUACAGCCUCUCUUCAGAAGAACGCCACCGCUUCAGGGACCAAUCAUCUUUCCUGAUCUACAUGGCUUCAGAUGAAUCUGCUGCCAUGACUGGACCAUCAAACAAUGACCUAAACUAUACAUUGUCGUCCUACUUCAUAAGUUCCAGUCACAACACCUACCUCUCAGGCCACCAACUCUAUGGCGAUGCGAGUGGAGAAUCGUACAAAAACGUGCUGAGACGAGGUUGCCGAUGUUUAGAGAUUGACGUUUGGGACGGGGAUGAUUCAGACAGUAGUACUUCGGACUACGAGGACGAGCAGGGUCAUCAAUCUUCAGGUUACCCACAUGAAAGAUCUGAGUCCAAAGCUUCUCGAUGGGACAGAGUCAAGGCUCGUGCAGCCAGGAUUAAAUCCGCAUCACGUCCAGAAGCUUUUCCAGAAAGUGGCAAGACCAGCGAGCCCCAUACAAGCACCCCGUCCAAAGAUCCUCAACAUAUUGGAGCUUCCAGCCUGAACGACGAUCAACUCUCGCCUCAUCCUUCACAUGGCCUCUCACCAAAGCUUGAGCCCCGUGUGCUUCAUGGCCACACACUUACGCACGCAGUCAGCUUUCGUUCCGUCUGCCACGCUAUCAAGGACUCCGCAUUCCUGACUACGGAUCUCCCCAUCAUCGUCUCUCUGGAAGUCCAUGCUUGUCAUGAUCAGCAAGAAGUGAUGGUAGACAUCAUACGAGAAGUAUGGUCCGGUCUCCUAGUAGACUUUGACGGGGACCCACAGAAGCUACCGACACCAGAGUCUCUCCGGCGAAAGAUUCUGAUCAAAGUCAAAUGGUCACCCAACACGAAACCCAACGAAUCCAACAAUCCUGUUGACCAUGUCACGUCGUAUGCAAGUGAUGACAGCACGGAGGAGGGCGUUGCAACCUCCUCCGAUCAAAAGAACAAGGCGCCGAAAGUGAAAGUGUUGGCCGCGCUAUCAGAACUUGGUAUCUAUACUCGAGCGUACACUUUCAAGAAUUUCUCGCAACCAGAAGCCUCCAUUCCAACACACGUGUUCAGCUUAUCCGAGAAGAAGAUGCUUUCAAUGCACUCAGAUCCCUAUGAUGGUCCAAAACUUUUUCAUCACAACAAAAACUACCUCGUGCGGGUCUAUCCCAAAGGAACCAGAAUUAACAGCUCCAAUGUCGAUCCAACCCUCCACUGGAGGCAAGGGGCGCAGAUGGUAGCUUUGAACUGGCAGAGAGUGGACAAGGGCAUGAUGCUCAACGAAGGCAUGUUUGCCGGGACUGGAGGAUGGAUGCUCAAGCCUGAAGGGUACCGAUGCACCGGAGCAAGCGUACCAGCCGAGAACAUGACUCCGAAAAAGGGGCGACUUAGCCUCGCAAUCAAGCUCCUAGCUGCCCAGAGGAUACCGCCGCCCAUCGAAAGGGACAGCUCGCAGGUAUCCAAGAUCAAACCCUAUGUCAAAGCCAAUCUGCACGACGCACAUGGUCCGCUUACUUCCGCGCAGACCCGUUCGAAUGUGGAAGAUGUUUAUGACGAUGAAGACGAUGACAAGAGCGUUUACAAGCGGAGGUCGUCAACGCAAAGAACGGAUUGUCCGGAUUUCGACGGCGAAAGGCUAUCAUGGCACAAUGUGCCAGACAUUGUGGAUGAGCUGAGCUUUCUUCGACUUCAAAUCAAAGACGACCGUUCCAUGGCCAGGGAUACCUUGCUUGGUUGGGCAUGCAUACGACUCGAUCGUCUACAGAAUGGAUAUCGAUUCAUUCAUCUGCUCAACUCGGCGGGGCUUCCUUCAGCAGGUGCAUUGCUCGUCCACGUGUCCAAACAUAUCGACUGCUCCUCACGGAAAAUCCGAGGUUCUCCUCAGGUGCUCAGAGAUGGGGAAUAUACCCACUAAAUUUGGCCCGCCCCGGCAUCUGACUCUGCGAUUCUGUGAAGCACUAUCCUUAAGCGGACUCCAAAAUGAUGGAGAAUGAGAGAAUGAUUGUAUGAUGUCUAUGGAGUCGACGGAUAGUCGCCAUUUGCUCAACCAGUUUUCCCUUUUUCGUCAAUGGCUGCAACUCCAUCCAAUCACUUUUCUCACAAGGGUCCCGCAAGGGAUAUGCAGGACUGUUUUUUCCGGGCUAUUGUGCGAUGAGGCGACUAAAGACCGUUUCAUUCGUCGGAGGCAAGCACUGCCGAGGGUUAUACUGCCGCAAGAUCCAGCGGCCAAGCUUAGAUUGAUGGUUGGUCGUUGUCUUGCGAUGCGCGGUCCCGCAUCUGACCCGAAGCAGUAUGCUCUCGAUGGAACGUGUCAG